AGGACAUCCUGGAGGCUGUUCCUGAGCAGGGGUAGACAAGCUCUGAGACGCAAGUAGAGAUGGGGAACAGCCAGAGCCUGUCGAGACCCAAGUUUCGCUCACAGUUUCUUCCCAAGGAGCAGGCAGAGAUCGAUGGCUUGUUUGACGCUUUGUCAUCAGAUAGACACAACUCGGAGACCUCACCCAGGUCCUUCUCUCUGCAGGCGCUGAAGAGCCACGUUGGGGAAGCUCUUCCCCCAGAGAUGGUCACCAGACUGUACAAUGGUAUGUGGAGAGUCAACCUGACAGGGAGGGCACAGGGGCCCAGCCAGGGCGUCUCCCGGGAGCAGUUCACGGUGUCCAUGUCCCACCUGCUGAAAGGGAACUCUGAGGAGAAAAGUCUCGUGAUUCUGAAAAUGAUUUCUGCCACGGAGGGGCCGGUGAAAGCCAGACAAGUCCAGAAGUUCACAGAGGAUCUGGUCAGCGCUGUGGUGCACGUGCUAACCCACAGGCAAGAGCUGAGAGGCUGGACUCGGAAGAAAACUGCAGGUCCCCCCGCCAGGGUGCAGGUGCUGGCUGCCCAACUGCUCUCGGAGAUGAGACUUCAAGAUGGCCAGAGGUUUCGGGGGCCUCAGUGUUUGGACCAUGACUGCGACCAAGCCAUGAUCGAGGACUGGGUGUUCCGGGUCCCCCAUGUGACCACAUUUCUGAGCGUGGUCAUCCACAGAGGCUUUCUUGUCCUGUGCUCAUCCCUUGAUCUGGCCACACUGGUCCCUGCGUGCCAGGUGGAGCAGGGGAGGGAAUUUGAGAGCUUUCUGGACGUGCUUUCAGUCAUCUACCUCAACUCGCAGCUGGCCAGGGAACAGCGGCACUGCUGGCGCCUGCUCUUCUCCUCCCAGCUCCAUGGGCAGAGCUUCUCUCAGCUCUGUGGGCGCAUUACACACCAGGGUCCCUGCCUGGCCAUCCUCGAGGACCACGAUGGACAUGUGUUUGGUGGUUUUGCCUCUUGCUCCUGGGAGGUCAAGCCUCAGUUUCAAGGGGACAACAAGUGCUUCCUGUUCUCCAUCGCCCCCUGCAUGGCUGUGUACAUGCACACCGGCUAUAAUGACCACUACAUGUACUUGAACCACGGACAGCAGACCAUCCCAAAUGGACUGGGCAUGGGUGGGCAGCACGGUUACUUCGGGCUUUGGGUAGAUGCUGAUUUCGGGAAAGGACACAGCAAGGCCAAGCCCAGGUGCACCACGUACAACAGCCCGCAGUUGUCUGCCAAGGAGGACUUCCGGUUUGACAAGAUAGAGGUGUGGGGAGUUGGAGACCCCCCAGAGACACAGCUGGCCAAGGGCAAGAAGAGCAUCCUGGAUGUGGAUCCUGAGACCCAGAUCCUGCUGGAGGCCAGUGGGCGGGUCCGCCACAGUGAAGGGCUCCGGGAAGUCCCAGACUAUGACAACCCCAAGGAAUGAGGAGGAUCUCCUGAGUGGCGGGGCUUCCUGAGCUGGGACAUGGGCUCCCCUGGAUCUGUUCUGGGUGUGCUUCAUCAGAACACAGCCAUGCCAAGAAAAACCUCACGUGCCAUAUACUGAUGGGGGGGCUGCCUCCCAGGAAUUUUUUUUUUUUUUUGUCUUUGAA